AGUCAUUCGUCAACCGCGGUCGAUGGAGGCAACUGGUUUCCGACGUAGCUCAAACAAUACGAGAUGGCUCUUCGUCGUUAUGUUGUGAUAUUAUCGCUAUGUGCGUGCGUCUCAGCUAUUGUAGGACCGGCAGGAAAUGUCACAAAAACUAAACAGCAGAAAACUGACUCUUAUCUAGAUGCCUAUUCCAAAUCACGGAUAGAGGCCGAGAAGGCGAAGCAAGGAGUUAUUAUAGUCACUGCUAAAGAUGGAGAGAAGAAGAUAUCGAAUCGCGAUGACAGCUAUUCUGGAUAUGAUUAUUCGCCACCUCAUUCAGGUGACAGUACAAGUUUCAGUUCCUCGGGAUUGUCAGGUUUCUCUGGGCCAUCGUCAUCGAAUAGUUAUUUGCCGCCUUCGAGUUAUGGGCCGCCUGUGAAAUUUGAACCGGAAAUUACAUAUAACUCGCCUCCUAAUACUUAUGGGCCACCCAUAAAUACCUACGGACCUCCCGCGAAUACUUACGGACCUCCGACGCAAACUUAUGGACCUCCCGCGCUAACUUAUGGAUCUCCCGCGCAAAAUUAUGGGCCUCCCGUUCAAUCUUAUGGACCACCAGCUCACAAGCCAGUACCUGUAUACGGCCCGCCUCUGAAACCAACUUACGGCGUACCUUACACUGCUCCAGGAUUUGGUUUCCUCGAUAAACUUUCUUUGAAACUUGAUAUACUUACAGUUGCCAAACUGUUGUUGAAAUUUUUGAUCUUUAAGAAGAUCGUAACAAUGAUAGCCGUGGUGUGCAUGCUCCUGGUGAUCCCGAAACUGAUCAGUUUCAAAAAGGACGCCAGCCCUAGUGGGAAUGACGACGAUGAUCGUAAGUUUGGAGACAGAAAUGUAAUAGAGCUGACGUCAGCUCACCAGGUGCUCGAACGAGCGAUUGCAAUAUACGAGAAGCAACUACCGAUCUGCGGAGUCACGUGUCGCGUUGCCAGAGUAAUCGAUGACCUGUACGAAUUCCAACCCUACUUCAGGGGCGAGCACACACGACGCAUCAAGUUCGUUAUAAGAAAAUUCUGCUCAGUUAAGUGCCAUUGCAGAACUUAG